AGCGCGACGGGGUACGCGUGCGCGGGGAGGGCAGGGGAGCUGCGUCGCUGGCUCAGGCCUCCCCUCGGGCGCGUCCCCGCUUCCCCCUCCCCGGCCGGGACGAUGCUGCUGCGGGCGUGCCAGCGAGUGCGGGGCCCGGCGGUCCAGAAUUGCUUGUGUGGUAAAAGUUCACCCCAUCAGUUACGUCUGUGUCGUGGAUAUGCUACAUCGGGAGAACAUGGUGUUUCUGUUGGUAAGAUCGUUGGAGCCAGUCUCCUGUUUGUUGGUGGAGGACUUGGUGGGACCCUUCUGUAUGCUAAGUAUGACCCACGCUUCCGAGAGAGCGUGGAGAAGACCGUCCCCUUCUCCAGUAAGCUCUUCGAUAUGACUCUUGGCCCCCCUCCCUGCAGCAUUCCAGCACCAAAGAAGCCUAAGCCUCCAGGCCCACUCAAAAUCUCCUCUGUGGGAGAGGUCACGAAAGAAUCUAAACAACCUGCAGCCAGAUCUCCGAAGAGUAAAACAGAGGCUUCUGCAGCUGCUAGUGAGGAAAAAGAAGCAGGAGCAGAAGUCGCCCAGAUCAUAGCAGCCGCUGGAGAAGCUCUGUCAGUCCCAGCUCCAGGGAUGCAAGAGGAGGCACAGCCGGAAGGAGGUCACAGGCGGCCUGACCUGGGUGGAGAAUGCAGCCGUGGGGACUCCCCUGCUGUAAAGGAGAGAGCACCAGAGGAAGUUGCUGCUCGUCUUGCCCAGCAAGAGAAAGAGGAGCAAGAGAAGAUUUCAGCUCUGGCAGCAACCUUGGAAGGUGCUCUCAACUGCACUGCUCGCGUGACCCUGCAAGCCAUUACGCUCCAGGAGGCGGCCGUGCAGGCUGUGAAUGCUCACGCUCAGAAACUGAAAGAGGCCAUGGAUAACACAGAGAUCCCAAGUGAGAAGAAGACGGUUCAGUGGCGAACUUUGGAGGAAACCCUGAAGGAUCGUCGUAAAGCUGUGGAUGAGGCUGCAGAUGCCCUUUUGAAAGCCAAAGAAGAACUGGAGAAAAUGAAAGGGGUGAUUGAGCAUUCCAAGAAGUCUCUCCUUCCGGGGGCCAAAUCUCACAUCUCUGCUGCUGAGGAUAAACUGCACUGCAUGAUCGUUGACCUGGACAGUGUGGUGAAAAAGGUGCAGGCGGCCCAGUCGGAAGCGAAAAUAGUUGCCCAGUACCGUGAACUUGUAGCCAUCGCAAGGGAGGAAUUUCAGAGAGAGCUGGAUAGUGUUACUCCAGAAGCCCAACCUGGUAGGAAGAGGCUAACUGAAGGCCUGACAGCCGAAGACCUGAACUCUCUGAUCGCUCAUGCCCAUCGACGCAUCGACCAGCUCAACAAAGAGUUGGUGGAGCAGAAGGUGCGAGAGCAGCAGCACGUGGCGGCAGCUCUGGAAAAGAAGAAGCUGGAGGACAAAAAGGCUUUUGAGACAGCUGUGGCCAAGGCCUUGGAGCAUCACAAGACUGAGACCCUGUUGGAGCAAGAGAUGAAGAUUGAAGAAGUCCGAGAAAUUAUGGAGAGUGAAAUGAGGACUCAGCUCCGGCGGCAAGCUGCUGCUCACACUGACCAUCUGGGAGAUGUUCUCAAAAUUCAGGAGCAAGAACUCAAGCUGGAGUUUGAAAAGAACCUGUCAGAAAAGCUCAGUGAUCAAGAAAUGCAGUACAAGAACCUUGUUCAGGAGCAACUUGACAACUUCACUCUGGACAUCAACACAGCCUAUGCCAAGCUGCGAGGAAUCGAACAGGCAGUGGAAAGUCAUGCGGUUGCUGAGGAGGAAGCCCGGAAGGCUCAUCAGUUGUGGCUUUCAGUCGAAACCCUCAAGCAGAGCCUGAAGACGGCGUCCGGAGACAGUCCCACUGAGCCCCUGGAGUGUGCCGUGGAAGCCAUCCGAGCCAGUUGUUCAGAGAACGCCUUUACCCAGGCCUUGACGGCCGCCCUCCCUCCAGAAUCGCUCAGUCGGGGGGUGUACACGGAAGAGGCGCUGAGGGCGCGCUUUCAGACCGUCCAGAAACUAGCGAGGAGGGUUGCCAUGAUCGACGAAACCAAAAACAGCCUGUACCAGUACCUCCUCUCUUACCUGCAGUCCCUCCUGGUGGUUUACCCUCAGCAAGUGAAACCGCCUGCGGAGCUCCGGCCUGAAGACUUGGGCACCUUUAAGCUGCUCUCCUAUGCAUCCUAUUGCAUGGAGCACGGAGACCUGGAGUUGGCAGCCAAGUUUGUCAAUCAGCUGAAAGGGGAGUCCCGGAGAGUAGCGCUGGACUGGCUGAAUGAAGCUCGGGUGACCUUGGAAACAAAGCAAGUGGUGGAUAUCCUGACUGCCUAUGCCAGUGCAGUGGGCUUAGGGACAACUCAGGUGGACUGAUGGGGGCCCUGGGUUGAGGAGCCCAUCCUGAAAAGCUUCCCAAGCAUAACAGGCUAGAAGUGAAACAACAUCCAACAGAUGAUCUCUCUUUGCACUGUUUGUAAAUCUCACCCACCUGUUGCAUCGUAGCCCUUUUCAGCCAUUUAUCAUGUCUGGAAUGCUGGGGUGGGGACAAUUUCAAUGAUUUAAAUUUCCAGGUAUUACUGAUUGGGUUUACGAUGCAAUUGAAAUGAUGUUUGUAACUUCUACUAUUGAUUUGCCGCUUGGUGCAAUUAAAUAAAAUGUGUAAAAACCA